AGUUUGUAGACUAUUCCAUUUGGAGUUUCUCUUUAUAGCCUCGGCCCAGUAUACCUGAAGGAGCGUCUCCCCCCUCAUCGUUCUGCCUGGACACAGAGGUCCAGCGCUGAGGGCCUUCUGGUGGUUCCCUCACUGCGAGAAGAGAAGUUACAGGGAACCAGGCAGAGGGCCUUCUCAGAGGUAAUGCCCUACCUGUGGAAUGCCCUCCCAUCAGAUGUCAAGGAGUUUAAGAACUACACAACUUUUAGAUGACAUCUGAAGGCAGCCCUGUAUCAAGAAGUUUUUAACGUUUGACGUUUUAUUAUGUUUUUAUAUUCUGCUAAAAGCCGCCCAGAGAGGCUGGGGAAACCUAGGCAGAUGGGCAGGGUAUAAAUACUACUACUACGACUAUUAUUAUUAUUAUUAUUACUACUACUACUACUACUACUACUACUUUCAUUGAUAUCUCUGCUGUCAGCUGUCAGGUCCCAUAAUCCUGUCACAGUCCAUUAUAAGGGAGGAAGUUGAGGCAUCUACUUUUCCAGCUACAGUUACUGAGCUGAACUUUCACUUCUCUCCCCUUUCCUAAUCAAUCUGUUGCCACUUUUUAUCAGAUGCAAAAAUCUCGCCUUGAGGCAGCAGACCAUCUGAGGAUGAGAGGCUCCACUGUUAGAGACAUUACUCUUUUGAAUAACUGUUGCUGGAAACAGCAGGAUGGGAGAGUGUUGGCCUCCUUGCAGUCUUGCUACACGCAUCUGGUUGGCUACUGCAACAAGAAGCUGGCCUAAAGGAGCCAAAUGCCCUGAUCUAGCAGGCUCUGAAAGCAUUCUGGGAAAGAGAAUAUGAAAUCUGAGUGAAAGGAUAGUCAAUGGAAGGUGUAUAGCAUUCCAUGUUGGGUGGGGGACCCCUGGGCUGGGUGGGGUGAAAUGAGAUGAGAGCAAAGAGGGAAGGACUGUCUAAAUGGGGGGGGGGGGAGUAGGGAGAGGAUUAAAUCUCCUUCCACUAUCUUGCUAAAAACUAGUGGGUGGGAGGGGAGAAAUUCCUCUCUCAGGGCACUUCAGUUAGGGCUCCAAAACGGUACCAACUAGGCUUAGGACAGUGCUUUAAUUUAGAUGCUGAUUUCCCAUCCCAGCAAAAGAAAGGUGAUGAUGAUUAAAUUUCUAUAUGCCCCUUUAUCCGAGGAGCACAGGGCAGUUUACCAUUUAAAAAUACAAAAAUGAAUAACAUAGUAACAAACAAUGUACCCUCCUCCAGUUUAAAAGGCCACAGAUUGUUUAAUUAGUCAAAGACCUUGGAGAAGAUGAAUGUUUUUCCUUGGUGCCUAGUGUCAUCUACCCUGCAGGCUCUUCGGUCACAGAAAGGGGCUGUGGCAGAGCACAAACCUUUCACUCAGAAGGUCACAGGUUCAAUUCUCAGCAAUUUCAAGCAGGGCUGGGACUGACUCCUGCCGGAAACCCAGGAGAGCCACACCACUAUGGUGUAGAGUAGACCAAGUGUUGUUGAACUACAACUCCCAUCAGCCCCUGCAAGCAUGGGCAAUAGCCAGGAGUAAUGGGACUUGUAAUUCAGCAAUAUCUGGAGGCCCAAAAGUUCCCUCAGUAAACAAUACAGAGAAGAGGAAUGGAAGAAGCAAAAGUCCUUAAUUAUGUGUGCCAUUUUGUCAUAUUUCCUUGCCAUGUUUUUCUCCCUCCCCUCAAUACUACCUACUGAGGCACUACCACUCCCCCACCCACCCAUGUCUGUUGGAUCCUUCCCCAUCCAAACAAACACCUCAGAACCUGAACCCACUUCAGUUUCUUCGUUUUCAUUCCAGAGACAUACUACUACCAACAAGUCCAUGUAGCCUACAUUACAUUCCCCACAGGGAAAUUAGACUCUCCACUCUCAGUGGAAAGUCUAGUCAAUUAGCUAUUUUGUUCAUUCACUCUCCCUGGGUGCCUAACAACUAACAUCUCAGUUAAAAUCAGGCGGAAUCUUAUGCCCACACCAAAGGGACAACCCAUUAUGACCACCCCUUCUAUUAUUAUGAUUAUUUAUUAUUUAUUUAAUUUCCUUACUGCCCUAUACCCAAAGGUCUCAGGGCGGUUCUAGCUAAUUGUCCAAGCAGAAUCUCAAGGCAGCCUUCAGACUUCUUCAAGGCCCUGCCAGAAACUAGAGCCCAGGAAUCAGGGCAGGUGGGCAGCUUAGGUGUAAACGGCUUGCCUUACUGCAGCUGGACAAUCUUUGAGACCUCUUGAAAUGCUUGGCUUGACCUUGCUCCUGUUCAAGAUAAUUGCCAUGUAAGUCUCCCUGUUGUUGAAUAUCAGCUAUUGAAGAAACACUUUCUAUGGCUGCCAAUGUGCAUUUCUCAUGUACUAAUUAUAUGGUACAAUGACAUUUCUGAAAUUCUUUUACAAUUGUGACAGAAAUAAUGGGGGUGUAAGAGAGGCAUAUCAUUAACUAGCCGGAAAGCUUGAAUAGAGAACAACUUUUAUGUUGUUGGUGCACAAAUAAACAAUUAAACAGCAGUUUCAAAAUAAAUAAAUACACAUUUGAUGUGUGAAAAAGAAUCCAACUCUGAAUUUUGUUGUCAUUUGCUGCAGUAACUGCUGAGUAACAUUUAAAGCCUUCAUUCUUAAGAGAUAGGGUGUGUACUAAAUUUGCUUAUCUUUCUGGUAGAUAAAGUGCGCAAUCAGCAUUUAACCAUCUGAGGGUUGAUUGCAUAUUUCUAAUCCAUCUGAUUGGAGCAGGAACCGGCAAGCCACUCCAGUAUCCCUGCCAAGAAAACUCCAUGGACAAAGACAACAGGCAUAUAGUGCCUGGCAAUGCUCUGGUCCAUUGAGUCAUGAAGAGUCGGACACGACUAAACGACUAAACAACAACAACAAUCCAUCUGAUGUCUGUAUAUUCUCUCACCUGCAGGUUUGGAGAGUUGCUGAUUGAUUGCGUGCUUUGAUCAGCACUUGAAUGAUUUUAACCUCCGACAGCAGUGGCGUAGCGUGGGUUGUCAGCACCCGGGGCAAGGCAAGUAAUUUGCGCCCCCUAACCUAAGGGGGCAGAGAGCUGCGAGUGCAAGCGCGCCACCCCAGACGUUGCGCCCGGUGCGGCCGCCCCCCCCGCAACCCCCACGCUACGCCACUGUCCGACAGCCUGUGAUAUCUUCAGUAAAAAGAAAGAACCCAGAUGGUGCUGGAUAAAUGGAAAAGAGGGCGGGGGGACUCCUGAAAUUCAUAGGUAUUAACCCUAUAAGUAAGGUAAAGGUAUUUUUUCUAUGGGACUUCUGAGGUUGUUUUAAUUAGACCUUUCUUGUAGCAAUCUACAGGAGAGGAAAAACACAGGAAAGACUCUAAAAGGAAGUGAAAACGGUAUUUUUUGCUAUGGAAUAUUUCAAGGAUCACUUUGUUAGAAUAGCAGCUAGCAGCUAGAGGGUUAAUCCCAGCUUCCUUAUAUAAGCAGCACCUUGGUUGCUGCUGUGUCAGGUUACAUACAUUUGCUCUGACAGCUUUCAUAUGGACUACUUAAACAUUGGAAACUGUUUAAGCUGUUUCUUCAUAUAGCACAUUCAGGUAAAGUUAAUAUUUUUAAUGUCUUAGAUUAUUUUUCAUAGAACCAUAAAAUAAGGAAUGUAGGAAAGAGUAUUUAAGAUUAUAACAGGAGGUUACCAUUUUUAAGAAAACCUGUUUUUCAGAGUCUCUAGUUAUUACAGAAGCAUGUUUAGAGGAAAGUGUCGAAUAUACUUGUUGCUGUUCUUAAAGAGAAAUGAGGCUAAAAGCACAACACUAUGUAUGUUUACUCAGAGCAGAAGAAAGCCCCUGUGUACAGAUUUUCCUUCCUUUAAAAAAGAACAAAAUUUAUAAACUGCUUGAUUCAUCUAAGCAGUUUUCAGAAAGUACCUCCUUCCAUAUUUCCAUUUCGGACUAAAACAAAGGGGCGAUUUAUGGUGCAUAAAAAGGUUUAAAAGUAUAACUGUCAAUUUCUUUAAUGCUGAUCUUGUGAAAUAACUGUCCAGAGUCCAGAAAGAAGUAACUGGCCAGAGUCCAGAAAGGGAUGAAAUAAUCCACAUGAUAGUCAUGUGAUACAAGUCAGCUGAUACAAGUGUGGACUUUGCCAUCCCUUUUCCUCUCUUUUCUUAGCCUUAUUGGGACUUUUUUCCUCUUUGCAGCAGACGAGCCCAGCAAUGAUUUCUUUCCCAUCCCCAUGGCAUGUUUUUGUUUAUCUCCUCCUGGUGGACCCAGGGGCCUCGGCCUUGGACAAAUAUAUUGCAGCAGUAUACGAGCACUCAGUCGUACUGGCAAAGCCCACCCCAAAGCCUGUUUCUUCUGAAGAGGCAUUAAAACUGAUGAACAAGAACAUGGACGUCUUGGAAGAGGCCAUCAAAUUGGCCGCAAAGCAGGUACUAUUUGAUAAAGUGCCUUGGUUUAUCCUGUGGUGGAGAGAUCAUCAGCAUUGUUUCUUUUGACAGGGUGCACACAUCAUUGUGACUCCUGAAGAUGCCAUAUAUGGUUUCAGAUUCACAAGAGAAACACUUUAUCCCUACCUUGAAAAUAUUCCUGAUCCGCAGGUCGACUGGACUCCAUGUACGGACCCAAAAAGGUGUGUUCGGAUUUUGUUGAUUUCAUAUGCAGUCUUAAAAAACAAAAUGAAAAAACACCCUAUAAAGGCACUUAAGUAUGGUGUCUUCUUCCAUCCUUGUGGUCAGUGUUAUAAUGUAUGUACAGCUUCAAAUAAAGGUGUUUUGGAGAAAGAGAGGUUUCUCCAAAGCACCUGGUAACUGCUGGGAAGUCACAUUUAUGGACUGCACAAUCUAGAUGGCUGAUUAUCGGCAGGCAGAGGAUCAAAAUCAGAACUCCAAAAACCCUGUAUAGUAGAUUAGACUGGGAAAUGGUGACUGUUCCAAGCUUAGCCCGUAAACUAUGUCACUAAACAAGUAAGUCCCGAAAGACCUACAUUGGCUCCCGGUACAUUUCUAACUGGCAUAAAAGAUAGCGAGAAAGAUUGCACUUGGAGGCUGUGAAGGAAACUAACUGGGAAGAGUACCACUUCCCUGCUUCCUGUGUAUUUUUUUUAAUUAAUAAAUACUUUAGAAAAGUUAGUUGGUUGUGGAAUGUAAUUGUACAGUAUUUUGUCAGAAUGUUGGGUUUAAAAAAUAAAAUAGAAUAAAAUAAACUAGCUUCUGAAACCAUCCACAGUGACAUGUGAUGCUUGAGAUGAGCUAUUUAUUUAUUUUUAUAUCACAUAACCCUGAAUGGGUGGUUAUGCUACAUUGAAUAUGCAAUGAAUAUACAAUGAAUAUGCAAUUCUGGGCUGCAGCAAUAGGAGUAUAGCAUCUAGAUCAAGGGAAGUAAUAGUGCCACUGUAUUCUGCUCUGGUCAGACCUCACCUGGAGUACUGUGUCCAGUUCUGGGCACCACAGUUCAGGAAGGACACUGACAAACUGGAACGUGUCCAGAGGAGGGCAACCAAAAUGGUACAAAGGCCUGGAAACGAUGCUUCUUGAUGAGGAAACCGCAGCUCAAGCAGAGCUGGGCAUGCUUUAGGCCUGGAGAAGAGUGACAGAGUUAAGAGGGUGAUAUGAUAGCCAUGUUCAAAUAUAUAAUAAGGAUGUCAGCAUGAGAGGAGGUGAGAAAGGUUGUUUUCCGCUGCUCCAGAGAAGCGGACACAGGCAGCAAUGGAUCCAAACUACAAGAAGAGAAGAUUCCACCUAAACAUUAGGAAGAACUUCCUGACAGUAAGAGCCUGUUCUGACAGUGGAAUUUGCAUGCCAAGGAGUUGUGGGUGGAGUCUCCUUCUUUGGAGUGUCGGUUUAAGCAGAGGCUUGACAACCAUAUGUCAGGAGUGCUUUGAUGGUGUUUCCUGCUUGGCAGGGGGUUGGACUCGAUGGCCCUUGUGGUCUCUUCCAACUCUAUGAUUCUAUGAUUCUAUGAUUCUAUUCUAAAUGCAGAACAGAAUGGGAAACUUAACAGACAGAUUUUGCUUAUAAUGCAAAGUGCUGGCAGGGUGAUGGUGGAAGGAAUUUGGAGUGGAGAAGGAGGUUAAGCUCCACCACCCCACUCCACCCCAGUUCUCAGCCACCCACUGCGGAAUCAACUUUGUAAGAAAAGGGAAAAAGCUGUGGUGCUGCAGUUAUAUAUGUUGAUGUGCAACAUGUUGUUUUGUCCCAUUUGCUUGAACCUUUUGAGGGUUAUAUUAAAUGCUACAUAGAAGGUAAGGAUGCUGCGAUGCCUUUAAGGAAGAACAGCAACAAGAAGUUGCCAGCUUGGAUACAGGAGCAGUGUUGGGAGGGUCCACUUAAUUCCCUACCUCCCCCAAGCUAUUUUUCUAACCACAGGGGGAAUGCUACUGGGACAGACAACUCCCCAUUUGCACGCAUUCAAAGCAUAUGCAUCAACUGAUGCACAUGGUAUUUUUGACAUGGGAAGGGGGCAGCGUGGGAUAGGGCAGAAAGGGGUAAGCUGGUUUUACGCACGUCUCACCAAUGCGUGUGGCGCCUCAGAAUGCAAUCCCUGUGUAAAUUGUUGCCUGUACACAUAUCUUUUACCCACAGAUAGAAAAAUAACAGCUCAGAUGAGGUAAUUUUGAAUGGAUAAAUGGCUGGAGCGAAAGGGUCAAACAUCCCCAUUUCUCUAACUGACGUCCUCCAGUGGCUGCGUUUCAUUUUGAAAAAAUUGGGCGACAUUUAUUUCUAUGUAAGGUCUAGUGUGGCCCAGAUUAUGUUUUCUACCUUCUGUCUAUUUAGGGCCCCUCCAGAUGGGUAUUCUGCAACAUGUCACUGAUGCAGUAAUACUUCAUUAGUGGUGGGUUAGGGGAUGACCCUCACAUUGUUUCGCUUUAUUAGCUGUUCUGCAGUGCUUCCUUUAGAGCCAGUGCUUUUUCGGCUGUGGCUCUGAUCUGGUGGAACACUCUGUCACAAGAGACUAGGGCCCUGCGGGAUUUGACAUCUUUCUGCAGGGCCUGCAAGACAGAGCUGUUCCACCAGGCCUUUGGCCAGGGCACAGCCUGACUCCCUCCUUGGGCAACCUUCACAGAAUCUCUAGCCCGAUUGGUUGCCAUCAGUUUGGUUUGAAUUAAUUUUAUAAUGAAUGAUUUUAGAGUGUUGUGUUGUGUUGUACUGUUGUACUGUUUUAUUGUUCUUAGCCGCCCUGAGCCCGGCUUCGGCUGGGGAGGGCGGGAUAUAAAUAAAAUGUAUUAUUAUUAUUAUUAUUAUUAUUAUUAUUAUUAUUCCUCGAUGUCACUGCUUUAGUGCUGUUGGGGGGGCACCCUUGCACGAUGAUGCAACAAAAGUGGGACCAAAACAAAAACACAAAAACUGGAACAUUUGUGUAAAAGGAUGUGGGAUUUCAGUUAGAAGCUAUGGGACGUCUAAACAGCCCUGAAACUUUUGCAGGUUUAAACAAUAUUGAAAGCAGGAUGGCAUAUAACUGCCCUGAUGUCAUCCUUAGCACAAAUCAUCCUGAAUGUGUAAUAAAAUGGAAAUCUGAAGGGGCCCUUUAUUUCCUACAAUCUGGCGGAACAUGGGGCUGCUCUGCUAUGAAUGUUAGCAUGUUGCCUCUCCGUUCAGGAGAUUCAGCUAGGUGGUCUACCAACGGAUCUCUCUUCCUCUGAGUCCUUCUUUUCUCUGCUUUUCUGUGCUUAGAUUUGGACCUGCCCCAGUGCAAGAAAGGUUGAGUUGCCUGGCAAGGCACAACUCUAUCUAUCUGGUUGCCAACAUGGGAGAUAAGAAACCAUGUAAUCACACAGAUGCCAAAUGCCCUAAUGAUGGUCACUAUCAGUACAACACCAAUAUUGUCAUGGACUCGAAUGGAAAACUCGUGGCACGUUACCACAAGGUAAUUCAUUUUUACAAACUGGGUAUCAGUGGCCCCCACCCAUCCCCCAGUUAUAAUAUUGUAUAGGGUGGAAUUGUUUUAUGAAGUGGGAAGAAAAGGCAAGAGAAUGUAGGAUGCAUGCCACAUUUUGCUGUCUAUUGAAGAUGUCUUCUGCUGCUGUUUUAUUCUGUUCAUUUUAUGGGCCAUUGUAUUCCUUUUACUGUACACAACCUAUUAUUCAUUUUUCUGUUAUGGGUUAUUCUCCUGUGAUUUUGCAAGUCAUUUAGAGGCUCCCUUGUGGGAAGCAACUAAUACAUUGAAUACAUAAUAAUGAUCCUAUUUUUAUUAACAAUUUAUGCACAGACUACACAAUAGUAUAAGAACACACUGAUGGCAUUGGCAUAGAAAGAACAACCCCGAAAGGUGGUUCAAUUGAAACAAAAAUAAAACCUUUUAAAAAAAGUUUUAAAAAGAAUGUUCUUUAGCUUUUUUAAAAAUAAAAUGAAAUACGCUUUUCAGGUUUAUACAUUUCACUAAUUUUAAUUUCAUUUUAACAUUUCAAAAUUUGACUUCCUUCCCUCUCUUUCUGCGGUUCCUUAUAUUGAUUUUUUAUGUCUUCUGCAUAUCCAAAUUAACUUAAUUUGCUCAUUUAUCCAUCUACUUUAAAUAUAUACUCUUCUAAAACUGCAGGUUAUUACAACAAUCCUGCCAAUGUGUUUACCUGUUCACAAUUUAUCUGUCAAUUUUCAAUAUACCAUUUCCAUUCUUUUAUAAAAAGUUUAUUAUCUUGAUUUCUUAUUCUUCCGGUAAGUUUGCCAUUUCUGCCUAUUCCAUAAGUUUUGGUAUCCAUUCUUCCUUAUUUAGCUUUUCAUUAAUUUAAAUGAAAAUUAAAUAACUUGCAGUACACUUUGUAGGUCACUUUUAAGUACAAUAGUUUCUUUUUAAUAUACCCAGGUACCUUAAUGGUGUGUGGGUGGUGGUUUUUUUUAUUUUUUAAAAAAGGUGUUAUCUUUCCACAGUUCAAUCUCUUUAUGUCGGAACGCCAGUUUGAUUCCCCCCCAGAGCCUGAAUUGGUGACCUUCAAUACUGCCUUUGGGAAAUUUGGUCUUUUCACCUGCUUUGAUAUUCUGUUCCAUGACCCUGCGGUGACCCUGGUGAGCAAGCUGCAGGUGGACACCAUCCUCUUCCCAACAGCUUGGAUGAAUGUUCUCCCACAUCUGACUGCUGUUGAAUUCCAUUCAGCAUGGGCUAUGGGCAUGCGUGUCAAUGUCCUGGCAUCUAAUACCCAUUGGCCUAUCUUGAAAAUGACAGGUAAUAUACAGUUUUCAAUAAGAUUAUGUAUAACUAGUUAUGCACUAGUUGGCUGGCCUCUCCCUUCUUAGGACCCCUCCAGAUGGAUGUCUUUGUUUUUGUUUUUUUGAGGGUGCAUUCUGCAAGGUCACACUGAUGCAAUAAUAAAGCAUUCAUGGUGGAGUUUUACUGGGCUGUCCAGAAAUCAUUCUGCUUUAUUAGAUGGUGCUUCCCCAAUGUUACUGCAUCACUUGCACUGUAGCAUAACAAAAGGGGGACAAAAAAAUAAACUGGAACUUUUGCGGCAUAAACAGUUGCAGGAUUUCAGCAGGGCAUGCACUGAUUGGAAAUGAAGUAGAUGCCAAGAGUACUUUUAAUGUAUUUUUAAUCUUUUGUUGGAAGCCGCCCAGAGUGGCUGGGGAAACCCAGCCAGAUGGGUGGGGUAUAAAUAAUAAAUUAUUAUUAUUAAUAAUAUUAUUCCAUUAUUAUGAUACCACUGAGAACACAAAUCAUUAUGAAUACACAAUAAAAAGAACAACUGGAGGUGCGCUUAGUAUGCCCAUUCCAAAAUUAGGUUUGGAAAAGUUCAUAGGACUUCUGAGUUGUGAUCAUGGCAGACUGGCUGUAUUUGGCUCUCUUUUAAACAAAGGCAGACAAUUUUUGCCUCUGAUUUGGCCUUUAGUUGCUAUAAAGAGCCUCUGGGCCCGAGCUGUAGCAGAACUUCUGCUUGAUCAGGUUGUCAGCGAUGCCAACUGGAGGCUUUAAUUUUUGUUUCUUCACUGGGCUGAGUCUGGACCAAGAAAUCUGUUUCAUCCUAAGUCUGGGAAGGAGGAUAUUCGUCUCAGUGUUCCCCCUGCCUGACAAAGUGAUAAUCAUCGCACCCAGAUCGAAAGGAGUACAGCAUGUGGGUUUUGGGUAUGUGAGAGUAUGUGUUGGUCAACUUAAAUGGGUGUUGUCUGUGGAUAUGGCAGGACGGGCAAUAUGAAGCAGCUGCUUCUGUCUUUCUGUUUUGUGUCAUUCUUAGGCAGCGGCAUCUAUGCACCGGAUGGAUCCCGAGCAUAUCAUUAUGAUGCAGAAUCAGAGAAGGGGCAUCUUCUGGUUGCAGAGCUCGAUUCUCAUCCUUCUCUUUCUCCUACCCAUCCUGCCCCUGUGAACUGGAGCUCGUAUGCCACAACUAUCAAACUGGUCCCCAAAGACGGUGAUUUCACAGGAUUGAUUUUCUUUGAUGAAUACUCUUUCUCUGAACUCGCCAAAGAAGCUGGCAAUCUUACCGUCUGCCAGGGAGCUCUCUGCUGCCAUUUGAGCUACAAAAUGACAGAAAAGCAAGAAAAUGAAGUUUAUGUGCUAGGUGCAUUUGACGGCCUUCAUGAGGUCGAAGGAAAUUACUACUUACAGGUCUCUUUUUAUCUUCUUCUUAUGAGGGAAGAUGGGAUCUCAUUUUUAUUCAUCAUCAGAGAGAGGGGAGAGAGGAGGAAGUUCUAGAUAUAUUGCCGUAUAUUGCCAUAGAAACAUAGGUCGUGAUCUGGCUCAAGUUAAGCACUUUUAAUAUAAUGUCCUACAAAUUUCAGCUGUAGAGUUGAAUUUAAUUUUCCAGUUUAAAUUACUGGAAUUCCAUUGCUUCCCAAGACGGAGGACAACAACAACACAACAAAAAUAUGUGCUUCCUUCUUGGCUGGCUCGUGCCCAAAAUAAAGGAAAGAAGAAAACCUAAUUCCAAAGUCUUAGUAACUUGGUUGUAGCUAGGUGAACUUGGAACAAAGUUCUGAUGAGUUCAGUGAGGCUUACUCCAAAGUUAGUGUGCACAGGGCUGCAGUCUAAAUAUGGCCUUCUAGCCCCAUGAAACGCUGUCACUGAUAAUUAAGACUGUGAUUUUAUAUGGUAUGUUUAGUUAUUUAGUUUUGGAGUAAUGAGAUAUGCACCUGUUUCAUAAUUUUGGAGACCAAUGUGCCUAUAGUUGUGUGUGGAAGUACACUGGAAACUAGGUGAGGGCUGUCAAAUGUAAGAAAUCAAUGUUGGCUUUUUGACUUCUUACAUUUGACAUUUGUAGGAUGUUCUUGUUGCAGCUAAUACCAUCAAGGAAACUUCUUGAAUCAACUGAGUGAGCAGUUGGGCGGGUUAUUUAUUUAUUUAUUUAUUUAUUUAUAUUUAUUCAAUUUAUAGCCUGCCCUCCCUCCCAAAGGAGUCCAGGGCAGCAAACCACAAUUGAUUAUAAAGCAUAUUUAAAAACAAUUCCAACACAGAUAUGGACUGGGAAAGAUCUCUACUUAAAAUGCUUGUUGGAGGAAGGUGGUCUUCCAUUGGUGCCAAAAAGACAACAGAGAUGGAGCCUGUCUAAUGUUGAAGGGGAGAGGAUUCCAAAUUAUUAAGUGCAAGAAUACUAAAGGCCUGAGUCCUACAUGGUGCAGAAUGGACUUCCUGAUAAGAUGGUAUCUGCAGGAGGCGCCCCCCCCCCUAAAAGUGCGGUCAUCACCUGGGUAUAUAAAGGGUUUAUAGCUCAUAUAAUACUGUAUUAGUACUGCAACAGUUCUUAUUGUUCUUAUACUGUAACCAACUUGGUUGUAUUUUAAAUCAGAGCCAUGGUUGUGAUGGUACAGCAGCAGUAAAAUUUAUAUUUAUUCUGAGUGCUCUCCCAAUACAUUGCUCUUCUUCCUUUUAGAUAUGUACAUUGCUGAAGUGUGCAAGCACAGACCUACAGACCUGUGGCCAGCCUGUGACAACUGCUCAUACCCGCUUUGAUUUCUUUUCUCUCAGUGGCACAUUUAGCACUAACUAUGUCUUCCCAGAAGUCCUGCUCAGUGGAGUUCAGUUGGCGCCUGGAGAAUUUCAGGUAGGGCGGUGCUUCUAGCAAAUGUUUUCUGGCUGAGAUGGAAAAAACCUGUGGCUGUAUGGUAUCAGAAUGGAAACAAAUUCCUUUAAGGACGUUAUCAUAAACAAAGUUCAGGUGGCUCAGUAGCCUUUUCAGGACAAGAGUGGGCUUCUGAAAGAAAUCAUGCUACCUCUGUCGUGCCUUCAGCUGUACAGGGAAAUCUAUGGGGGCCACACAGACUGUUGAAUACGGUCUUGGUUAUUAGGCCAGGAAAUUUACUAGCAUGGAUUAUUAUUAUUUUUACUGGCCUACUAAAAAUUGUCUUCUACCAAUUGGCUUGGUAGAGGAGAAACAGAUCUCUCCAUCCCUUCUAUGAUAAUUCACUUUUCUGAAUGGAUUUCUACAUAUAUUUGCCUAUAUAGUUCCAAAGGGAAGUGCAAAGGGAAGCAUCAGAACAAACAGAAUUUCCUUCUCUUCCCCUCCAGCACACACCCUGCACCAUCUCCAAAUCCAGUGCUUCUUUCUGGGGGGACGCAGGGGUAUGCAUACCCUGAACAGUUUGUGAAUCUUUGUACUUUUGUCCAUUUACUGUAUUUAUUUUUCCCGAUUUGAACUAUGAAAUGGUGAAUUAUUUAUUUUUUGUCAAAAUGAGAGUACCCCCUGAUCUGGAGGGUUGGGAAAAACCUUCAGAACAGAUUUAAGAGGGACACGUGUGCAGAAGGAGGGAUGGGGGGAGAAUGUUCCAUUGUGCGAGGGAAAUUAUUGUUCUAACAGAAUGUUCACUUUAGUGCUAUGUUGCAUAGAACCUAUAAUAUUGAUAUUGUGUGCAACUAUUACUUUGUAACUGUUCCCUCCUCUUUUUGUUCUCAACUAGGUUUUGAGUGAUGGACAGCUGGUUACUCAUAAUGGUACAUCGAAGCCAGUCUUAACGGUGACACUUUGGGGCAGGUGGUAUGAGAAGGAUCCUCCACAUCCCUACAUACUCAGUGAGGUUCUUUGAGAUGUCCUGAGCUGGACAGUUCACAACUGUGAAAGAACGCAAAUUGAUUUUUGUUGACUGUGACAUGACUGGGCUGCUACAGCUUGCUGUGAUGGUCACAUAGAUUCUUUUGCUUAGUUGUUGACCGUCAAAUCCCAAAGAACACAAGUUCCUCGAAGAUUGCAUUAAUAAAGGCCAAAGAAUUAAUUUUAGCUACUCAUCUUUUAUUCUUCUUCAAACAGGAACACUUUCUGAGUUUCCAUUUUCUUAUUUCUGAAAUUCCCUGG